UAUAUAUAUAUACAAAACAAAAGAUCGCUAGUGGUUGUGUAGUUCUCUCUCACCUCUCUCCCAAAUUGAGAACACAAUUAAUUGAAGCAGAAUUCAUUGUCGCGGAUUGGAGUAUUUUAGUAAUUAAUUAUUUAUAUUUAUAGUUGUGUGUAGAGAGGGUUGUUUGGUUGGAGAUCGAGGUACUGUUCUUGAUAUGGAUUUUCGAAGGACAGAAGCAGUAGAGGAGGCAGAAGAAUGGCGGGUUUAUUCUCACUAGGAGGUAGAGGGAACAACAACAACAACGAAGAGGAAAUUCCUCCCCCUCCUGAUACCUUAUACUGGUAUAACAACAAGAAUGAUGAUGUUUCUUCUUAUCACCGAGGAGGUAGCUUUGAGCUAUGGAACCAACAGCAGUUACAGCACCAACAACAACACUUUAUGGGUCAGCCUCCUCCACAACCACGACCUCUCUUUCACCAAGAUCUAUACUCCGCCUUGGGUGUUGGACCCAGCAGACCCUUAUCCGACGAUCAGUCAUCGUCAAGAUCCAGCUUCAUGGUGGGAGGAAGCGGGAGUGGAAGCGGUGGAAUUAGCUGUCAGGACUGUGGGAACCAAGCUAAAAAGGAUUGCCCUCACAUGCGGUGCAGAACAUGCUGCAAGAGCCGGGGCUUCGAUUGCCAGACCCAUGUCAAGAGCACAUGGGUUCCCGCUUCACGCCGCCGUGAGAGACAACAACAACUCUCUGCGUUGCAACAAAACAUGGAAACUUCUGGAGACCUUCCCAGAAGACAGAGAGAAAGAGAUCAUAAUAACCCCACCUCCUCUUCUCCACUUGCUUGCACUCGCUUGCCUUCCAAUCCCUCCUCUUCAGGGUUAGAGGAGGUCAAUUUCCCGGCGGUGGUGAGAUCUUCUGCGGAGUUCAGGUGCGUACGUGUGAGCUCGAUAGAUGAGGCGGAGGAGGAGUAUGCAUACUCAACGGCUGUGAACAUAGGAGGGCAUGUGUUCAAAGGGAUUUUAUAUGACUAUGGUCCAGAAGGUAACAGUAACUUCUUGGGUGGUGCUGGGGAAAGCUCCUCCACUGGUGUUGGAGGUUUGAACCUCACUACUGGUGCCGUUGUCUCAGAGCCACUCCUUGAUCCUUCUUCCUUGUAUCCAGCUCCUCUUAACACCUUCAUGCCUGGUAGUGGUACGCAAUUCUUCCCUCACCCACGAUCUUGAACAAACAAAAGCCAAAACAAAGCAAACAAACAGAAUUUUUAUGUUGUUUUUAUGUUUUUAUUUACUGCAUCUUCACUGUCCAACUUCGGUUUUUUAACUAUUUAUGAUCAUCUUGUAGUCUGAAAUUGAUGCUCAUUCAUUCCAAUAGGCUGAGAAUGAAAAAAAAAAAAAUUGAAAAGAAAAGAAAACGCAGACCUGUCAGCGUUUUGUUUUUUAUGCAAAUGCAAAUCAUCAAUGCUUAAUUAGUCUGAAAA